UGAAAGCGUGCGGUGGUGGAUUCGUAGGUGUUAUUCUUGUCAGUUUCGGAAGGUGCCGCGGCAUACGAAGUGCUGGCCGUUAGUGUCUUUGCCUCUUCCGAGCAGACCGGGGCAGAUGGUGUCGUUUGAUUAUUUGGGUCCAUUGCCGAAAACGACGAAAGACAAUGAGUACGUGUUUUUGGUGGUAGAUUUAUUCAGCAGACAUGCCGAGGGGUACCCACUAACGAAGGCGCAGAAAAAUGCGAAGGGUUUUGUGUCUAUCAUGGUGAACGAUUAUAUUGCGAGGUGGGGUUGUCCGCACACCAUGUUGUCAGAUAGGGGAGCAGAUUUUGCGAAUGAGGUAGCGAAAGGGGUGUAUAAGAUGAUGCUGGGAACUGUGAAGAAGUUUACUAGCUCAUAUCAUCCGCAGACGAAUGGGAUGGUGGAACGUUUAAAUCAUACGCUGUGUCAAAUGUUGUCGCACUUGGUUGCGGACGAUCAGGCGAAUUGGGAUGAGAUGUUGCCACACGCGGUAGCGGCACACAACAAUAACGUGAGCCGAGGGACGGGGCUAGCACCAAACGUUGUACACAUUGGAAGGUACCCGAGGUUGCCGAUGACGAUCUUGGAGGGAAGGGGUGUUUCGGGAAAUCAGGGCCUAAAGCAAGACCAAUUGGAUUAUUUGAAUUUGAUGAGGGAUAAGCAAAGGAAGGCGUACGAGUUGGUAAGAGAGCAGGAUAAGAUAACCAAGUCAAAGCAUGAGAAGAGCAAUCAGGUGUUGAACUCGAUAAUAGGGAAGAGGCCGAAGUACAAGGAGGGGGACUGGGUCUUGGUGUAUGAUGAGAAGAGUACAAUUUCUGGUGGGGGGGAACACGUGCUUAAAUCGCGAAUGAACAGUAGGGGGAAAGAAAAAUCGUUCGCGUUGAUCCCGAAGUUAGCACACAAUUGGACCGGGCCGUAUAAGGUGUUGUUUGUGGGUCCAGGGACGGAUCCGGAAGGGGAAAAAGUGGGCCCGAAUAUUUUGUACUUGGACGUGAAUAAGGAUGAGCCAGGGACGAACAUUAAUGAGAGAGUGUCGGUGUAUCGAUGUAAGAAGUGUUAUACUCAGCACGAGAACGAGGAUAGGCCUAGGUUCUUGCCGUGGGGCUUUAGCAAGCCGAGUCUUCGAAGUAAAGCGAUGAUUGGUGCAUAUUUAUACUUCAAGACGGUAAAGGCUGGGUGGCAGUUUGCAAAGGUGGUGCAGGUGACUCCGGAACCGAGGUGGGAAGAAGGCAUCAAGCAUACUAUCAAGCUGGUGGACAUCGGCAAAAACAUCAAUGUGGCACUUCUGGAGAAGAAUCUGACGACGGACAACCUGGUACAAGAUCCAGGAACGUGGUGCUGGCAUGCACACAGAACGGCGAAAAGUAUCAAGAAGUACAUGUUUGAGUUGGAGGAUGAUUAACUGGUUGAAUUUUGAAGUGCGUAGGACUGCGGAAAAGUGUGCCAAGUGGUGCAGUCGAAUACGGGUCAAAAUUAAUGUGUUUGAGCAAUUGUUGUUUUGGCUAAAGAAUGUACCUUGUGAUGGAGCCGUAUUGCAGUGGUACCACGGUCGUGACGAAAUUGAGGUGUGUGUAUUACAUGAGUUGAUUCUGGUGGUUACUGUUCGGACUUGUUGCAAGAGAAUGAUAUUGGUUGUAGGUCAAGCAUUGCACGUUGUGGUCAAGUGUUAAUUCAAACGAGACUGAUCGCAGAUAAGUAUGCGUUGAACCUGGGG